AUGUCCGGGGACAGCGUGCUCGUUGGCGCCUCCAUAGCCAUGCUCGUCGUGCUCUCCCUCGCCACCUUCUUCUGCGCCAACCGGCGGAGGAGGGCAGUGCACGGCUCGUCGUCGCAGCGGAGCGUCCUCGACGACGUGGAGCUCGGGCACGGCGGGUGCGCGACCGCGGCCACGGGGCUGGAGGAGGAGGUCCUGGCCGCCUAUCCGACGACUGUGUACUCCUCGUCGGCCACGACCGUCAGUGAGCGGAGUACGAGGGAGGAGGCGCCAGAUGACGAGACAACGUGCGCGGUUUGUCUGGCGGAGUACGCCGACGGCGACGAGCUCCGGCAGCUACCGGGGUGUCAUCACUCGUUCCACCGGCGGUGCGUCGACGACUGGCUCCGCCGGCGGCCGACCUGCCCGCUCUGCCGCACGCCGCCGACAGCGUCAGCAUGCAUGCAGACGACGCAGCAGAGUGACGCGAGAUAG